GGGUAGGUACUCUCCUUACAUAAAUUAUUGCUCAUUGUUUUUGUCUUUUUUUUUUUCACACGCACAAAGCGGGUGGGUGUGUGUGGAUACAAAGACAGAAAGUAGUGUUUAUAAGUAAAGUCUUUGCAAGUCAAGAAUCUGGAAUAAGAAGCACUUUCACCAUAUGCAAACAGCUGUAUAUAUUCAUCUAUAUAUAACCUUUACCAAUAAACCUUCUCCUCUCAACUUAAUUAACCAAUACGUUCAGAAUAUUAUCACAGACUACUUUCUGUCGUUAUAUUUUCUGAAGAAACAAGUUAUGGGGGUGAUGAACAUGAUGCCAUGUGUGAAAAACACAAACAAUAAGUCCGUACAUGAAUCGGAGAUGUCGAUGAAAAAGCCCAUCAAAGGGACAGUUGUUUUGAUGAAGAAGAAUGUCCUUGAUGUCAAAGAUUUUGGUGCAUCGUUUUUUGAUUGGGUUUAUGAAACCAUCUUCCACAAACGCGUGUCGAUCCAACUUAUAAGUUCAACUCAUUGUGAUCCAUCAAAUGGGUCAAACGGGAAGAUUGGAAAAGCAGCAUUUAUCGAAGAUUGGACGACAAAGAAGACCGCGGUGGCAGCCGGAGAAGCAUCUUUCUCGGUGACAUUUGAAUGGGAUGAGUCUAUGGGAGUUCCGGGUGCUUUCUUGAUAAAGAACCACCACCGCCGUCAGUUUUACCUCAAGACUGUCGAACUAGAACAUGUUCCGGGUCAUGAUGGGACAAUCCAUUUCGUUUGCAAUUCAUGGGUUUACCCGACCCAUCGUUACAGCUACGACCGCGUCUUCUUCUCUAACCAGGCAUAUUUACCUUCUUUCACACCCGAACCAUUACUUCACUACAGAAAACAAGAGCUCAUCAACCUUAGGGGAACUGGGUCAGGAAUGCUUAAGGAAUGGGACCGGGUUUACGACUAUGCAUACUAUAACGAUUUGGGUGCACCUGAUAAGGGACCAGACUAUGUGCGACCUGUUCUUGGUGGAUCUCAAGAGUAUCCAUAUCCACGAAGAGGAAGAACGGGUCGUGAGCCAACUAAAACGGAUCCAAAUAGUGAAAAGAGACUGUUUCUUCUAAGUUUGAACAUUUAUGUGCCGAGAGAUGAACGGUUCAAUCAUAUCAAGUUCUCAGAUUUCUUAGGAUAUGCAGCCAAAUCCAUUGGCCAAGUGGUUCGACCGGAAGUUAAGGCCGUAUUUGAUAGAACUCCAAAUGAGUUUGAUUCAUUUGAUGAUGUAAUGAAGCUUUACAAAGGUUGGUUUAACCUCCCCAAACAUACGGUAAAAAAGAUACGAAAACACACAAAUCUGGAACUUGUAAGAGAACUCUUGCGCAAUGAUGGCGAGAAGCCUUUUACAUUCCCAAUGCCCGACGUUAUCAAAGAGAACGAGUUUGCUUGGCGAACAGAUGAAGAGUUUGGAAGAGAAAUGGUCGCGGGAGUAAAUCCUGUGGUCAUUCGUCGACUUGAAGAGUUCCCGCCAGCUAGCAAGCUCGAUCCAAAUGAAUAUGGAGACCAGACAAGCUCUAUGACUGAGGAACAUCUUAAACCAAACAUGAACGGUUUAACAAUAAAACAAGCAUUGGAAGAAAAUAAGUUGUUCAUCUUGGAUCAUCAUGAUGCAUUAAUGCCAUAUCUAAAAAAAAUCAACUCUACAAAAUCAUCGAGAAUCUAUGCAACCCGAACAGUACUCUUGCUUAAAGAUGAUGGCACACUGAAACCGCUUGCGAUUGAGUUAAGCUUACCUGAUAAAGACAGUGAGGUUUACACUCCUUCUGAAGAUGGUGUUGAAGGCACCAUAUGGCAGUUGGCCAAGGCGUAUGCAGCGGUCAAUGAUUCCGGAUAUCAUCAACUUAUUAGCCACUGGUUGAACACUCAUGCAGUAAUAGAGCCAUUUAUAAUCGCUACUAAUCGACAGUUAAGCGUGCUUCAUCCGAUUUAUAAGCUCCUGCAACCACAUUUUCGCGAUACCAUGAACAUUAAUGCAUUAGCUCGACAAAUACUCAUCAAUGCUGGCGGUGUCCUUGAAAUGACCGUAUUUCCAGCUAAAUACGCCAUGGAAAUGUCAGCUGUUCUUUAUAAAAAUUGGGUUUUCACCGAACAGGCGCUACCAGCUGAUCUACUUAAGAGAGGUGUAGCGGUCGAGGAUCCAAGCCAGCCCCACGGACUUAAACUGCUCAUAGAAGAUUACCCGUUCGCAAUUGAUGGACUUGAAAUUUGGUCAGCAAUCAAAACAUGGGUUGAUGACUACUGUAAGAUAUAUUAUGAAUCAGACGAAAUGGUUCAAAAUGAUUCUGAACUACAGUCAUGGUGGACCGAGUUGAGAACUGAGGGCCAUGGUGACAAGAAAGACGAGCCAUGGUGGCCUCAGAUGAAGUCACGGGCCGAGCUAAUGGACACAUGCACCAUCAUCAUAUGGGUGGCCUCAGCUCUCCACGCAGCGGUUAAUUUUGGGCAAUAUCCUUACGCGGGUUACCUCCCCAACCGCCCUACAGUUAGCCGUAGGUUCAUGCCAAAGCCAGGUACACCGGAGUAUGCUGAGCUAGAGUCAAACCCCGAAAAGGCAUUUCUAAAAACCAUAACAAGCCAACUCCAAACUUUGCUAGGAGUGUCAUUGAUCGAGAUUUUAUCAAGGCAUUCGACGGAUGAGAUUUAUCUCGGUCAAAGCGAGUCUCCAUAUUGGACGGCUGAUGUGAGCACAUUAGAAGCUUUUGAGAGAUUUGGGAAGAGAUUGGUGGAAAUAGAAGGGGGGAUUAUGGAAAGGAACAACGAUGAAUGCUUGAAGAAUAGAAAUGGACCCGUCAAGGUUCCGUACACCUUGCUUUAUCCUAACACUUCAGAUUAUACUCGUGAGGGUGGACUUACUGGCAAGGGCAUUCCUAAUAGCAUAUCAAUAUGAAAGCAUCAUAGUUGGUUUUGUGUGUUAUUUUUCAUGUAAAUCUUUGUUUGUGGAUUGUGAUUGAUGAGACUUGGUUAAUGUAACAAAUGUAAUAAAAAUAAAAAAAUGAAGUUUGGCAAAUUAGAGCAUUCUAAUGCAUUGUGUAUAACUUUUUGUGUGUC